AUGUCGGCCAAGCGUUCGCGAGACACAGAGGAUCGUCCAGGGGACUCUGCGACCACAGAACCCGCAGCCAAGAAGAGCAAGAAGAAGGGUUUCUCCGUCGCGCCUGAUAACCUCCCCGAUGGCACAUAUCGUCGCAAAGCCCAAAAAAUCAAAGCCGACCUAAUCCAAAAGGCCAAAGUCAAAAAAGCCUACGCCAAAGUAAAAGCCCAAGAAGAAGUUCCAACCAGACCUUCCGUCUACGAACUCGAAGAACAGCGGCAACGGGAGGAGAAUGAGCGGCGGCAAAACGAACACGCAGACCCUGAUGAGCCCCAAGAGGCUGGAGCGAAAGUUGGAGGUGCAGGCAUGGAGCUUCACCCGGAUCGACUGGCCAUGCUGAAUGAUCCUCAACCCGAACCCGAACCUGAACGAAAACCUAGGUCAGAGCAUGCGCAGAAUCGUCGCGAGGGUGGAAGGAACAGAAAGGGAAAGCGUACUGCUUUUGACAAGGAGAUGGAGAUUGCGCGGAAGCGCAAAGAGGAGGCUGAUAAGAGAAGGGAGCAGAAGGAGUUUAAGCAAAAGGAUCGCGAGGCCAUGGCAAAGGCUAAACGGCCGGAUCAGAAUGGGAAGAAGAGAUUGGGGAGGGAGAGCACGGUGCUGCUUAGCCGUGUCCAGCGGCUGGUUGGACAGAACUAG